CGCUUAUUUUCAUAAUAAUACUCGAUCCGUGACCAGCUGGCUUUAUCUUCCAAGGAUAUUCCAAUGAAUAUCUAACGUCCACGAACAUUGUAGCUCUGUCUACUGUAAGAUCCAGGUGAGAAUAGGAUACCGGUCAGAUGCCACAUGACCAAACUCAAACUUUACGAUGGUUCUAUCUCGACUAAGAAAAAUAUUAUUCCUGGGUUUUAUUUUGGGAUUUACUGUGUGUUAUUAUCUGCCAUACUUUAAGAAAAUAAAGCCAAUCGAUCGGUUAACAGUUUGUAGGAAAAAAAUCAUCGACAUAGCUUUCUUGAAAGUUCAUAAAUGUGGCAGUACAACUGUUUCAAAUAUUAUUCAGCGCUUUGGAAUGAGGAAUGACCUUAAUUUUGUUCUUCCAGAUAAACCUUACGACGGACAUUUCUGGUUUUUGGGAAGUUUAGAUAAUUUUGAUUGGCAAUCCAUCAUACCAUUACCCAAAGGUCGAGUGUAUAAUAUAUUAUCCGUUGAUACGAUUUAUAACCACACUAUGUACCGAACACUUAUUCCAAAUAAUCCAUUUAUCCUUGGAAUUGUGCGGGAUCCGGUGGAGAGAUAUAUAUCCAUGGAUUUCUACGAAGGUAGGGGGAUUCCUUUGGUGGAAAAAUAUAAGGAUGAUCCUUACAUCUAUGCUCAUAUCAAAGGCGAAAGCGACACAGAUGAAGUAUCUGCUAUCAGGGGAAUGGCGUAUGAUUUUGGUCUUCCUGUUGUACAACGAAAUGUCGAGGCUAGUAUAAGAUCGCUUGUAGAGCGUAUAGACGUAGAAUUCCACUUUGUGAUGGUGAUGGAAUAUUUUGACGAAUCUCUUGUAUUGUUGAAAAGGAAACUGUGCUGGCAAACUAGGGACGUGCUUUAUAUCAAACGUAACCAGAACCCACAGAAGAAACAGUAUGCACUAAGUCCUGAACAUCGCCAAAAUCUGAGAAAUAUACAGAAAGCAGACGUAAAUAUUUACGAACAUUUUAAACGAAAACUUUUUAAAGAAAUCACUUCUUUGGGAACCGAAGGACUAGAAGAGGUUCACAAUUUUAAAAAUCUGUUAAGAAUAAUUGGUGAUUUCUGUGCCGUUAAGAAACCAUUUAAUUUAACGAUAACAGCAACGGCUUGGAACGAAGCAUUCGAUAUAGAUCAGAGUGAAUGUGCCUUAAUGUUACUGAAUGAGUUUGAACUAGUUAAAAAGUUACAAGAUGGACAGAGACAAAUAUUUCAUGGUAAUAAAUCAUAACAGACAGCUUUAGGACAUUCUCUGGGUUUAUUAACUGCAACGUUUCAAUGAGGAUACUCAAGCAAUGAUGAAAUAUAUCGAUUACCCAAUCUGACAACAAGAAUAUUAAGUCUUAAUUUCAGCUUUGUAAUAAAUUCAAAAACACCCUUCAACCAAAUGACGAUUCAAGUCAUUAAUUGAUUUUUUUGUUUAACUUUUAAACGCUAACUAUUUCUACUUUAGUAAGGAAAGAAAGGCUAG